AUGACUUUCCAUGGCCAUGAUGAAUCCUAUAUUUCUCUAAAUAAGGGCAAUUUCAGAGAGAUGGUAUAUUGGGUAAAAGUUAAGAAUGAACAAGUGCAAGAUGCUUUUGACCGUGGUGGAAAAAAUUGCACAAUGAUUUCCAGUGGCAUUCAAAAGGAGCUUGCAUUGUGUUGUGCACAUGAAGUUACCAAGGUGAUUUUGGGAGAGCUUGGUGAUAGACAAUUCUCUGUACUUAUUGAUGAGUCACGUGAUAUAUCCGUCAAAGAGCAAAUGGCGGUGAUGUUGAGGUUUGUGAACGACAAAGGGAAUGUUGUGGAACGAUUUAUUGCUCUACAUCAUGUCAAAGAUACGACAUCUGAGUCAUUAAAGGAUGCUCUUUGUGGUAUUCUUGAUAAGUACAUGUUAUCUAUUUCAAGGAUACGAGGCCAAGGAUAUGAUGGAGCUUCAAAUAUGAGAGGUGAAUUUAAUGGUUUGCAAAGAAAGAUUCUAGAUGAAAACCCUUAUGCUUUUUAUGUCCAUUGUUAUGCUUACCGUUUGCAAUUGGUUGUUGUGUCUGUUGCUAGUAGUUGCUCAUUUAUUCAUGAUUUCUUUGAGUACAUCUCCUUGAUUAUGACCAUAACAAGUGCAUCUUGUAAGAGGAGGGAUGCUUUGACGGAGGCACAACACCAAGAUAUUUUAAAUAAACUUGAGAGUGGUGAGAUAUUUAGAGGAAGGGGCUUGCACCAAUCAUCUAGUCUCAUUAGACCCGAGGAUACUAGAUGGGGUUCACAUCAUAUUACAUUGCUUUGUUUGGAUCAAAUAUGGUCCUUCGUGUUAAAUGUGCUUAGUAUGGUUGAUGAAGAUGGACGUGGACCAUCUCAAGCAGCAAGUUUGAUAGAAAAAAUGGAGAGCUUUAAAUUUGCUUUUAUUUUGAAGUUAAUGUUAAAGUUGUUUGGUAUUAUAAACGAGCUUUCACAUGUCUUGCAAAGAAAAGAUCUUAAUAUUGUGAUUGCCAUGGAAUUAGUUGAUGUUGUCAAAGCUCGGUUGGCCACAAUGAGAGAUAGUGGUUGGGAUGAUUUAUUUGCUGAUGUCCAAGAAUUUUGUGUUGCUAAAGGUAUUCCGAUGCUAAAUAUGGAUGACGAAAUACCGGUUCGGGAUCGUUCAAGGGUGGAAGGAAGGCCUAUCACUAAUCUUCAUCAUUACCGUGCAGAUUAG